GCGCAUUGCCGCCAACUCAAGGACCCGGAUUUAAAGAGACAGGCGCUACAACCGUCGUGAGCCGCACGCGGCCGGUGGGUGCCGGUCCCUGAGGCCUACGCUGGGUGCCGGGGCCAACAAGGCAGCUAUAUGACAUUGGCUUUCAAGACCUUCAUCCCACAAGCGCUCCGUGUACUCAGCCGAACAGAACGCUGCCUAUUCCCAGGGCUACAUCAUCGGCCUGAUACAAGACAGUUCAGUCACUAUUCUGAAACAGACUUACUUCAUGGACACUGUCUCCUCCUAAGAACAAAGCCUGUUCUAUCAUUCCAGAGAAGCAGUUCAAGACCACGUGUCGCCUGCCUGGUUUUCUCACUGGGAUCGCAUGUGGGACUCUGCAGUGGCUCCAGUAAGAUGGCUGAGCAGCGGUUCUGCGUGGACUAUGCCAAACGUGGCACAGCUGGCUGCAAAAAAUGCAAGGAAAAGAUUGUAAAGGGUGUUUGCCGAAUUGGCAAAGUGGUGCCCAAUCCCUUUUCAGAGUCUGGGGGUGAUAUGAAGGAGUGGUACCAUAUCAAAUGCAUGUUUGAGAAACUGGAGCGGGCCCGGGCCACUACGAAAAAAAUCGAGGAUCUCACAGAGCUGGAAGGCUGGGAAGAGCUAGAAGACAAUGAAAAGGAACAGAUUACCCAGCACAUUGCAGAUCUGUCAUCUAAGGCAGCAGGCGUACCAAAGAAGAAAGUUGUUGUCCAGGCUCAGUUGACAGCCACUGGCCAGAUAACAGCUCCAGCAAAAGGCACAUCUUUAACCAAUCCCAAUCCCCGAAAAUUUUCUGGCUUUUCAGCCAAACCCAACAACUCUGAGGAGGCCCCUUCAAGCCCUACCCUGUCCUCAAGCAGAUGUGACCCCACACACAAGGAUUGCCUGCUGCGAGAGUUCCGAAAGUUGUGUGCCAUGGUGGCUGAAAACCCUAGCUACAACACAAAGACACAGAUCAUCCAGGACUUCCUGCGGAAAGGCUCAGCCGGAGAUGGUUUCCGCGGUGACAUGUACCUCACAGUGAAACUGCUGCUGCCAGGUGUCAUUAAGAGUGUUUACAACCUGAAUGAUAAGCAGAUUGUGAAGCUUUUCAGCCGAAUUUUCAACUGCAAUCCAGAUGACAUGGCUCGGGACCUAGAACAGGGUGACGUGUCAGAGACAAUCAGAGUCUUCUUUGAGCAGAGCAAGUCUUUCCCCCCAACUUCCAAGAGCCUCCUCACCAUCCAGGAGGUGGACGAGUUCCUCCGGCAACUGUCCAGGCUCACGAAGGAGGAUGAGCAGCAGCAGGCCCUGCAGGACAUUGCCUCCAGGUCUACUGCCAACGACCUUAAGUGCAUCAUCAGGUUGAUCAAGCAUGAUCUGAAGAUGAACGCAGGUGCAAAACAUGUCUUGGAUGCCCUUGACCCCAAUGCCUAUGAAGCCUUCAAAGCCUCACGCAACCUGCAGGACGUGGUGGAGAGAGUCCUUCGCAAUGAGCAGGAGGUGGAGAAGGAGCCAGGCCGGAAACGAACUCUGAGCGUGCAGGCCUCGCUCAUGACCCCGGUGCAGCCCAUGCUGGCGGAGGCCUGCAAGUCCAUCGAGUAUGCCAUGAAGAAGUGUCCAAAUGGCAUGUACUCCGAGAUCAAGUACGAUGGUGAACGAGUACAGGUGCAUAAGAACGGGGACCACUUCAGCUACUUCAGCCGCAGCCUCAAGCCCGUCCUACCUCACAAGGUGGCUCACUUUAAGGACUACAUUCCCCAGGCUUUUCCUGGAGGGCAAAGCAUGAUCUUGGACUCUGAAGUGCUCCUGAUAGACAACAAGACAGGCAAACCUCUGCCCUUUGGUACCCUUGGUGUGCACAAGAAAGCUGCUUUCCAAGAUGCUAAUGUUUGCCUGUUUGUUUUUGAUUGUGUUUACUUCAAUGGUGUCAGCUUGAUGGACAGGCCUCUCUGUGAGCGGCGGAAGUUUCUUCAUGAUAACAUGGUUGAAAUCCCCAACCGGAUCAUGUUCUCAGAAAUGAAGCAUGUCACGAAAGCUUCAGACUUGGCCGACAUGAUAAACCGUGUGAUUCGUGAGGGUUUAGAAGGGCUGGUGCUCAAGGAUUUGAAGAGUACUUAUGAGCCUGGGAAGCGGCACUGGCUGAAAGUGAAGAAGGACUAUUUAAACGAAGGGGCCAUGGCGGAUACAGCUGACCUGGUGGUCCUUGGGGCCUUCUAUGGACAAGGGAGCAAAGGUGGCAUGAUGUCCAUCUUCCUCAUGGGCUGCUAUGACCCACGCAGCCAGAAGUGGUGCACUGUCACCAAGUGUUCAGGUGGCCACGAUGAUGCGACACUUGCGCGCCUGCAGAAGGAGCUGGACAUGGUAAAGAUCAGCAAGGACCCCAGCAAGAUACCCAGCUGGCUGAAGAUCAACAAGAUCUAUUAUCCUGACUUUAUCGUCCCAGACCCAAAGAAAGCUGCUGUGUGGGAGAUAACAGGGGCUGAAUUCUCCAAAUCGGAGGCUCACACUGCUGACGGCAUCUCCAUCCGGUUCCCUCGUUGCACCCGAAUCCGGGAUGAUAAGGACUGGGAGUCGGCCACUAACCUCCCUCAGCUCAAGAAACUCUACCAGCUGUCCAAGGAGAGGGCAGACUUCAGCGUAGUGGCCGGAGCUGAAGGGGGCAGCAAUGGGGAGAAUGAGGGCACAUCAGGACCUGCUAUGUCUCAUAAGACCCCCAACACCUCCCCCAGCAAGUCCUCUCCCAGCGCCAAGAAGGCAGGAGGGAAGCUGAACAGCCCAAACAGCAAAAAUAAGAAACCAGCCAAGACUUCCCCUGGGAAAGUGGGCGAGAAACCGACCGUGAAGUCUUCUCCCAUCAAAGCAGGCGUAAAGCGGAAGGCUCCAGAUGACAUCCCAUGCCAAGCAAAGGUGCUGUUGGACAUCUUCACGGGGGUGCGGCUUUACCUGCCGCCCUCCACGCCAAAUUUCAGCCAGCUCAGGCGUUACUUUGUGGCAUUCGACGGAGACCUGGUGCAGGAAUUUGACAUGGCCUCAGCCACACAUGUUCUGGGCAGCGGGGAACAGAACCUCGAGGCUCAGCAGGUCUCCCCAGAGUGGAUUUGGGCCUGCAUCCGGAAACGGAGACUGGUGGCACCUUGCUAG